GCAGGGGCACCGGGAGGGAGCGCGUCCCGUGAGGGACCCGGGUGCGGGACGCGGCCAUGCGAGGCCCCGGCGCGGCCAUGCAGCGCUUCCUCUGCCCGCUGCUGUGCCUCUGGGCGCUGCGGCUGCCGGCGGGCACCAGCACGGCCGCCCGCGGGCUGGAUGUCGCUUCCUACCGGGAGCGGGUGCGUGCCAUGUUCUACCACGCCUACGAGCACUACCUGGAGAGCGCCUUUCCCUACGACGAGCUGCGGCCGCUGACGUGCGACGGGCAGGACACCUGGGGCAGCUUCUCCCUGACUCUGAUCGACGCCCUGGACACUCUGCUGAUCUUGGGAAAUGUCUCCGAGUUCCAGCGAGUUGUCAAUGUGCUGCAGGAGGGAGUGGACUUCGAUAUUGAUGUCAACGCAUCUGUCUUUGAAACAAACAUUCGAGUGGUGGGAGGGCUCCUCUCUGCUCACCUGCUCUCCAGGAAGGCUGGAGUUGAAGUCGAGGCAGGCUGGCCGUGCUCGGGGCCUCUCCUGAGGAUGGCUGAGGAAGCAGCUCGCAAACUGCUGCCAGCUUUCCAGACCCCAACUGGGAUGCCCUAUGGCACAGUGAACCUGCUGCAUGGAGUAAACCCUGGGGAGACCCCAGUCACCUGUACUGCUGGAAUUGGCACCUUUAUAGUGGAGUUUGCCACCUUAAGCCACCUUACUGGUGACCCAGUGUUCGAGGAUGUUGCCAGGAAGGCUUUGAAGGCACUGUGGAAAAAUCGCUCAGAUAUUGGGCUGGUGGGGAAUCACAUUGAUGUGAUCACUGCCAAGUGGGUGGCCCAGGAUGCUGGGAUUGGGGCCGGGGUGGACUCCUACUUUGAAUACCUGGUUAAAGGAGCCAUCCUCCUGCAGGACAAGGAGCUGAUGUCCAUGUUUUUAGAAUAUAACAAAGCUAUCAAAAAUUACACCAAGUUUGAUGACUGGUACCUGUGGGUUCAGAUGUACAAAGGAACGGUGUCCAUGCCUGUGUUCCAGUCCCUGGAGGCCUAUUGGCCAGGCCUGCAGAGCCUCAUUGGGGAUGUAGAUAAUGCCAUGAGGACCUUCCUCAACUAUUACACGGUCUGGAAGCAGUUUGGGGGCCUGCCCGAGUUCUACAACAUUCCCCAGGGAUACACGGUGGACAAGAGGGAAGGAUAUCCACUCAGGCCUGAGCUGAUUGAGAGCGCGAUGUACUUGUACCGUGCCACGAGAGACCCCACGCUCCUGGAGCUGGGGAGAGACGCAGUGGAGUCCAUAGAGAAAAUCAGCAAGGUGGACUGUGGGUUUGCAACUAUUAAAGACUUGAGGGACCACAGGCUGGAUAAUCGCAUGGAAUCCUUCUUCUUGGCUGAAACAGUCAAAUACUUGUACCUGCUCUUUGACCCAGACAACUUCAUCCACAAUGAUGGCUCAGACUUCGAUGUGGUGGUUACACCGUAUGGGGAAUGUGUCCUGAAUGCUGGAGGGUACAUCUUCAACACUGAGGCUCAUCCCAUCGACCCUGCUGCCCUGCACUGCUGUAGGAAGCGCAAGGAGGAGCAGUGGGAGGUGGAAGACUUGAUGAGGGAGUUCUACUCACAGAAGAAAACCAAGAAAUUCACUUUAAAAAGAGCUCCUGACCACGGUGAAGGGGAAAAUGCAAAAGACCCUGGAGAUGCCUCUUCAGAGAAAGCUGGAGAGAAGAGAAACUCUAAGAAAAGCUCACACUCCCUCCUGAGCUGCCCCAGUCAAUCUUUUAACUCCAAGCUUGCAGUACUUGGACAGGUCUUCCUAGAUAACACCUGAUCCCCUUUGCACCAUCCGUUUAAAUUACUGAACUUGUUUCAGAUUCUGGGAAUAUAUUUUUAUAGUUUCAUAAUGGAAAGUGUGGUAUCUCACAAUGUGAAUUGUAUUAUGAAGUGAAACAACUUCUCAUUAAAUUCUGCUACUGCUCCUUUA